CAUGAAUCUUUGAAUUAUUGUGUGCUCCCUGCCUGUCAAUUACUACCAGUAAAAUCAUAGGGUAUCAAAAUUUUUAUUGUAGCUGUCACACUCGCUUGGAACUCUAAUCGAAUCUUCAUAGUUUAACAUGGCAGGGUGAUGACGGUUAGCUUUCACAAGUUUGGAGACAAGUUUUUUCCUGGAACCAGUGAUGUCAAGACAUCAACUUCUACCUGAUGAUGAUUUGGGUCCAUUAUACGACUUGCUUAUUGACGAGCCGCCAGAAAUCAGGCAUGCCAUCGGAGCAUUAGUGUAUGAUCACUUGAUUGCCCCAAAGUUUAAUAGCUCCCAAUCUGGUGAAGGAAGCAACUCUUCUGAGGUCCAUCUGGGCAGAAUGUUGCAGAUACUGAGAGAAUUCUCCACUGAUCAAAUUCUAAGCAAUUACGUGAUUGAUGAUGUUUGGGAGUACAUGAAGGCCAUGAAGGACUGGAAGUGUAUUAUAUCUAUGCUUUUGGAUGAAAAUCCUUUAGUUGAGCUUACUGAUGAGGAUGGAACCAACUUAGUACGACUUCUUAGUGCAUCUGUCAAAUAGGUUGUUGGAGAGAGAAUAGUACCUGCAACUGAUACCCGCAAGCUGUAUUACAAUAAAGCU